CAGCAGAGCUGUGUAUCUCAGUCUUCUCCUUCUUUCCAGAGCAGGCAGACCUCCUCAGCAGCAUCCACCAUGUCAUCGAGACUCAGCAUGACAAACACUUACUCUUUGCGCUCCGCGGGAGGUAGAGGCCAGGGCCAAAGGAUGUCUGCCGCCACUACAAUAGGUGGUGCAGGUGGAUGGGGAACAAGAAUCUCGAGGGUCUCUAGUGGUAGCGGUCUUGGAUUAGGUACCGCAGGUAGCAGUUAUAGUUACAGUGUAGGAGGCUCAGGUGGAGGCUUUAGCGCAGGUGCUGGUGGAGGAUUUAGUGGAGGCUUCGGAGGAGGUUCCGCUGACCUCCACGUUGGAGCCAAUGAGAAGGCCACCAUGCAGAACCUGAACGACCGUCUGGCCUCCUACCUGGAGAAGGUGCGCAGCCUUGAGAAGGCCAAUGCUGAGCUGGAGCUCAAGAUUCGGCAGUUCUUGGAAAGCAAGACCUCACCUUCUGCACGUGACUACUCAGCUUACUUCGCCACCAUUGCUGACCUGCAAGGAAAGAUCAAGGAUGCCUUUGCUGUUAAUGCAGGCAUCUAUCUGGCCCAAGACAACGCAAAACUUGCUGCAGAUGACUUCAGAACCAAGUAUGAGAACGAGCUUGCCAUGCGUCAGUCAGUGGAGGCAGAUAUUGCAGACCUAAAGAGACUGCUAGAUCAGCUCACACUUGCCAGAUCAGACCUGGAGAUGCAGAUAGAAGGCCUCAAAGAAGAGCUGAUCUUCCUCAAGAAGAACCACGAGGAGGAAAUGGCAGCUAUGAGAAGCCAGAUGAGUGGACAGAUCAAUGUGGAGGUCGACGCAUCACCACAACAAGACCUGAACGCUGUUUUGGCUGAAGUCCGUGAACAGUAUGAGGCUGUGGCCAACAAGAACCAGAAAGAAGUCCAAAACUGGUUUGAUACAAAGUCACAGGCGAUAACCAAAGAGGUCGCAGAAAGCACGGAAAGUCUACAAACAUCCAAAUCAGAAAUCACUGAAAUCCGACGCACGUUGCAGGGCCUGGAAAUUGAGCUACAGUCACAACUCAGCAUGAAAGCAUCUCUGGAAGGUACAUUAGCUGAUACAGAAGCACGAUAUUCAAUGCAGCUCCAAGCCCUCCAGAUGCAGGUGAGCAGCCUGGAGGAACAGAUAAUGCAGCUGCGUGCCGACAUAGAAAACCAGAGCCAAGAGUACAAGAUGCUGCUGGACAUCAAGACACGGCUGGAGAUGGAGAUCGCAGAAUACAGGAGGCUGCUGGACGGAGAGGGCAGUGUUGGUGGUUUGAGUUCCUCCACCACCUCCACCACCACCAAAAAGGUGAUCGUGGUGACAGAGGAGCUGAAGGACGGCAAGGUGGUGUCCACCUCAACCGCCUCAACAUAACCUGUCUCACAGAACAAACGCAACACACAGAGGCCACAAAUUCACCAUCUGAGCAACGACAACUUGCUUCAAAAAGUGCUUCAAAAAUGUGAACACAAUAAAAGCCUCUCUGUUUGCUGCCUA